CAGAGGCAGAGGCCAGAGGGCAGAGGGCAGCCCACUAAUUAAACAAGCAUCAGUCCCGAACUCAUCAAGAUACUCUCCUCUCUCUCUCUCACUCAUCAGUCUAGAGAGAGAGAAGGGAGGGAGGGGGAGAAAAGGUGUGAGCAGAUUGAUAGAUAGAUAAAGAGAGAGAGAAAGCUGGGGAUAUCUCAUAUCAUAGAUAGCACAGCAGCGGUAGCAGCGGGGGAGCAGAGAGGCUGCACAAACUAGAACUAGGGAGGGAGAGAGGAGAGAGAAGAGACGAAAGCUUAGAAGAAGAGAGAUCCACCUCGAACCAAGUAACCUCCCUCGCCUCUCUUCCUUCCUCCGCUCUCUCGCUUCCCGCAAGCCACUGGUGGAGUACCGCGGCAAGCCAAAGGCAAAGGGAAUUGCUUUCCUCUGCUCCGCUCCCGGCACCUGAGGAGACGACGAUGAGGGAGGAGGAGGAGCCCAGCUGGUUCGCGCGCUUCGACGAGGACCUGCCGGCGCCCGACGAGCUCAUGCCGCUCUCGCAGUCGCUCAUCACGCGCGACCUCGCCGCCGCCUUCGACAUCCCCACGCACGCCGGCCCCGGCCCCGGCGGCCUGCCCUCCGGCGCCGCCGACGGCGCUGGCGGCCAGGACAUGAACGGCGGCGGCGCGUCGUCCGCCGCCGGGUCCAGCGGCGGCGGCGGGGGCGGCGGCGGCAACGGCGACGAGCCGGCCAGGACGCUCAAGCGGCCGCGCCUCGUGUGGACGCCGCAGCUGCACAAGCGCUUCGUGGACGCCGUCGCCCACCUCGGCAUCAAGAACGCCGUGCCCAAGACCAUAAUGCAGCUCAUGAGCGUCGACGGCCUCACGCGCGAGAACGUCGCCUCCCACCUCCAGAAGUACCGCCUCUACCUCAAGCGCAUGCAGGGCCUCGGCAACGGCGGCGGCGGCGGCAGCCACUCCUCCGGCUCGGGCGGCACCGACGCCGCCACCGAGCACCUCUUCGCCACGGGCCCGUCCCCGUUCCUCCCGCCCGGCCGCGGCCCCGCCGGCCCCGACCCCUACAACAGCGCACCCUACGCGCCCAUGCCCGCCGCGCACCACCACCACCACCAGGUCCACCACCCGUCGCAGAUCGGCCACUUCCACCACCCCGCCGCGCGCCCGCUCGCCCACUACGGCGCCGGCCCGGGCAGCGGCGCCGGAUUCGACCACGGCUUCCUCAGCCGCGCCGUCGCCGGCGGCGCGCCCGUCGGACCGCCCGCGAUGCACCACCGCAUGGUCGGCGCCGGGGCCGCCAUGGGGAUGAUGGCGCCCUCCUCCUUCGCCGACGACCUCGACCUCGGAUCCCGCGGUGGCGGAGGCGGUGCCGUGGGCGGACGCCGCGAGCUCACCCUGUUCCCGACUUCCGGGGACCACUGAGUCUACACAUCGACGGCAUCCAUCGGGUGGCAUCCGUCCUCGUCGAUCGGGUAUAUAAAAUUCGUUUUCCCCUCUGCCGCCCGCCGCUGCUACUCCCCACAGAUCGGCAGACAAACCAAGCAAGAUUCGCCGCAUCGUUAUAGAGGCCAAGAAUUCUCUGGGUAGUAGCGCUCUGCCAUCCCAUCCAAUCCAUAUUUCUUUCUACCCCUCUCUCUCUCUCUACCUCUUGUGUUCUUGUGUUCUGCUGCUAUUUGUCAUUGUUCUUACAGUACUGUUGAUGACAUAAAACCUAGCCCUAGAGACCGAUUAUUUUAGAAGGCAAGAAAAAGUUGUGAAAAAUUGCUACUCAAUUUCAUGUUCAUUCUCCAAGGAAAAACUCAAUCUUUGUGAACGAACGAAUUGAGCCCCCCAUGAUCCAGGGCUCACUUUGCUCUGCUCGUUUCGGUGGUGACUGUCACCUGUGUGUGUCCAAGUGGGUGAUGCAGCCAUUUGCAUGUGAGCUGUGAUGACCCCUACAAAGAGGUGAUGCAAUCAACUUGUACCGUUGCAGAUUGCAUACAUAGGUGAUACAUAGGCAGGGGAGUUGAAUAAUGUAUGGACCCACCCCGCCCUGGAGAUGAUUAAGUUUGAGGAUUAAGUUUGUACUGGCAUGGUGACAUUGUCGAGCUCAGAUCAUCUGAGAUUCCCAAGA